CUCACACAAGACAUCCUUACAUUUUCUUGCUGAUCACAGCUAGUAGGGAGCGAGAGUUACCUUGAAAUCAAGGCAGUACGUACGAGUACGAUCGACAAUGUCGACGGUCACUUCUUGCACCUUUCUGAGCCUCGGGUCCCCAGUGCGGCCGGCAGUCUCCUCCGCGAGACCGGCGGCGGCGGCGGUGGCUUCCCGACGGAGGCCCCGGUCCCUUUCUGUGUGCUGCGAGGCCGGCCGGAAAGGGGAUCACAACCCAAAGACGGAUCUGCAUCCAUUUAACAUCCCUGCCUUCGUUCUGGUGCACCCGGUGGCACCACGUGAGGAACGGUGGCAGCUGGAGGAGGACGCCGACAAGGUGAACCUGUGGUUCGAGGUGCCUGGGCAGUCCAAGGAUGACCUCACCGUGGAGAUCGACGAAGACGUGCUCGUCAUCAAGAAGAGGAAGGAGCUGGUGGGCCAGCGGAGCCCUGCUGGCGGUGGCGUCGCAGAGUACGGCUCGCAGUCCCAGCAGCAGAGCAGGAGGGGCACCGCAGAUGGCAAGGAGCUGCCGGCGGCACAGCAGGGCCAGGCCGGCGAGGUGGUCUAUGCCCGGAUGCUCCUCCCGGCGGGGUACAGCAGGGAUGGCGUGCAGGCCGAGCUCAAGUCCGGCGUGCUCAGGGUCACUGUCGUCAAGGUCACGGAGCGAGCGCGCAGGAAGAUCGACGUCCCCAUUCAAGUCAAGUAGAUAUGCGUGUAUGUGUAUGCACAUUCGUCCUGCGCACGUGUCAGCAGGGGUGCUUUAUUUACAUCUGUCUCAUGUCCAACAUGCAGACUACAGCGGUCGAUCUCACCACGUACUCGAUCGCGUCGACUACACAUGUUCAUGGGCUUUGUGUUCCCAUGUACUCAUCAAUCAAUAAAAUGAGCAUAUGUGUUCUCCG